AAAAUAUAUUCUUGAAUAACUUCAUCACAUGAAAAUGCAAUUUAACUCUUUAUAUUCUAUCUUGAAACACAUAUUUUUGCUUAUUCGACCUUGACCUAAGGACAAACGUGAAGUUCUUGCCGGAUGAAUCUGGCGUAAUAAUUUGAAUAAAAUAGAAAUUAACAGUUUCAUCUGAUUAGUUAUUUCAUAGUUAAAAUUAAAUAAGAAUGCUUCAUUAUUGCUCAAGAAAUAUUUGCCGUAAAUCAUGGAAAAUAGGCUCAAAGUCUUUUUCAUUAAGUGUCACGGCAUCGCAAAAUCAAGUUAAAGACAUGGAAAAAGAAAUCAAAGAUGCCGAAGAAUAUUUAAUUGUUGAACGUAAACCCAAGAAAAAAUUAACACAGCACACUCCAUUUGCAAAAGGUCUUUUCAUGGGAAAAUUUGAUAAAAAUCUUUUGGAAUAUCCUGAAUUUGAGACAACGGAAGAGUUAAAAGAUUUAGAAGCUAUGUGCCAACCAAUUUCAAGACUUUUUGAAAGAGUUUACAAGGAAGAUGGGCAGAAACUUGAGGAAGAAGGAAAACUCUCCGAAAGAGUGCUAUCGAGUCUAAAAAAAUACAAAUUAUUUGGCCUGAACGUACCUCAAGAAUAUGGUGGUCUUGAUUUAUCCCCACUGCAAUAUGCUAGAAUAUGUGAAGAAAUAAGUUUAGACCCAUCAAUAGCAGUCACUCUUCAUGCCCACCAGGAUUUAGGACUAAAAACGAUUCUUAAUUUUGGAAGUGUGGAGCAAAAAGAAAAAUACUUGUCAGCAUUAUCCAGUGGCGAAAAAAUAUGUUCAUUUUGCUUAACAGAAAAAGAGAGUGGAAGUGAUGCUGCAUCUGUAAAAUCUACAGCCAACUUGAAUGAAGAGAAAACACAUUAUAUUCUGAAUGGUGAAAAAUUAUGGGUAACUAAUGGUAGUUCAUCGGAUGUAUUUAUUGUAUUCGCUAAAGCACCAAUAAUUGGAUUACCUAAUGAAGAGAUGAAAGUCACUGCCUUUAUUGUUGAGAAGGACUUUGGUGGAAUUACUGCUAAUUAUAUAGAAAAUAAACAUGCUUUAACCGCCUGCGAUAUUGCACAUGUUGAAUUUAAAGAUACAGUAGUUCCACUUGAAAAUGUUAUUGGAGAAGUUGGCGAUGGCUUCAAGAUUGCUAUAGAUAGUCUUAAUUCUAGUAAUUUUGCUUUAGGUUCAGUUUGUGGCAUGUUAAAAAGAAUUUUGAAAGAUGUUACUGACCAUGUAAUAAGCCGUCAACAAUUUGGUAGGCCACUGAUGGAUUAUGGUUUAAUUCAACAAAAAUUAGCUUGGAUGGCGGCAUCCAUUUACUGUCUUGAAUCGGCUCUGUAUUUUACGGCAGGAAUUUUGGACAAUUAUCAUAAACCCGACGCAACAGUAGAAUUAGCCAUGUUAAAACUAUUUUCAUCAGAAACAGCUUUCCAAUUUAUUCAUGACGCCACUCAAAUUUUAGGGGGACAGGCCUAUAUUAAAUCUCAUAAUAUGGAAAGAUUUAUAAGGGAUAGCAGAAUAUUAACUAUGCUUAAUGGAACAAAUGAUAUAGCUAAAUUAUUUAUUUCUCUACAAAGUCUUCAAUACGUUGGAAGAAGUUCAGAAGAUGAUUUGAAAAAGAUAAGAGAUAUUUACAAUCAACCAAAAAAAAUAUGGAAUCUUAUGAAAUCCAAAUCAUUUAGAUCUUACGAAAAUCCUCGUUGUUUGCUUAAGUUAUAUAACCACGUUCAUCCUAGUGUUGCCCUACUCAUGGAAAAAAUUGAAAAGAAAUUAAUGAGAUUUCAGUCUUUAGUUGAAAAGAAUUUAGUUGUUUUUGGUAAUGGAAUAGUUGAACAACAAUAUCAAUUGGGAAGACUAGCAGAAAUAUCAACUACUUUAUUCGUUCUAAGCGCCUCAGCCGCCAGAGCGUCAAGGUCUCUAUGUAUUGGUUUAAGAAAUGCGGAUCAUGAAUUAAGAUUAGCAUGCCUAUACGGGGAUACGAUAUUGGAAGAUGUCGAAGUUAAAUUAAAUAUGUUGUCGUAUGGAACAGGAGUUGAAAUAGACGCUAACGCUGCACAUAUAUCUGAUGCCGUUUGUAAAAAUGGUGGUUACGCCGCAGAUCAUCCCUUAGCAAAAAAUUGGUAGGUAAAGAGACAAUAUAUAGAUAAAUAUAAAUAUGUAUAUCCAUUAUUAAAUAAAACAAUAUAGAUAAUUUAUUAA